AUGUCCAACGUCCUCCGUAUGCGCCGCUGCCCCACCCCCGGGUCCGGCGCCGAACAUGGCUCCGGAGCCAUCAAGCCAGGCGUCGCGGACCAAGCAUCGCCAAAGGUUACCUUUAUGGCUCUUCCAACCGAGAUCCACCUUGCUAUAUCUCGCAUGCUCAUCUACCCGGAUGCUCUCUCCCUGAAACACACCAACGCCCACUUCUACAGCCUUGUCGACACGGGCGUCAACCUCAAGGUGGAAUGGCUUGUGGAGAGGCGGAGCUUACACCUCGAGUGUCCCAACGAUAGGAGAUGUGAUCUGGGUAGUGAUCUCCGGUUCUGCCGCGGUAGUGUCCCUCUUCUCAUGCAACGCCGGCGAGAGCAUAUUGAAUGCGAAUCUCGGCCCGGCCUUGGUUGUCUCGUAUACGGGACAAGAACAUGCUCACAUCGCUCAGCAUUCAGCAGGAGGUUACCUCGCUGGUUGCAGGUGAAGUUGACGAUAGAGGUGUGGUGGAUAGUGCUCGCCAUGAUACCUAUCGUCUGUUGCUGGGUGUGGCUGGCCGAGUUUCUUUGA